CAAAUUCCUCGAUCCAAGGCGCCCCUCGACAAUCGACUGCGGUCUCGCUCCUUAGUCUUACCGCUGAAUCUGAGCCGUUUGAACCCCGAGUACCCUGGUCGGAUUUUUCUCAAGCUCGUUCGAAUUCGAAGUGAAAGUUCAAUGUACUGACUAUUCUUUGAGCUUUUCAGUUCGCCGUUCGGGCAUACUUAGGGUUUGCCAUUUUCCGCUAAAAUUAUGCUCAGCUACUCUUGCUUCGACUUUUCUUUCCGUUCUUUGAUUGUUGAGUUAUGCAACCGUGAAGUGUCUACUGAAAGUAUUGCGAAAUUCUUUGAAGGAGGCUCUUUUCCACAUUCUUAAGGUCCUUGGUGCAAUUUUGGAGUUUUGUCGUCUUAGGAGCAGUUAGGGUUUUGUACAUGUAACUGAAGCCGUUGAAUUUUCAGUUUUAGUUGUCCAGUGGGAUCGACGGGACACUUCUUGUGUAGCUUUAGGCUUGUUCGGUUGCUUGAUUUCUCGGCGGCUGCCGUUUUAACCCUCUGGUUUUUAUCUUCCUUUCUUGUGGAGUGGGAGGCGUUUGGGGGUAUGGGAUUUAAAUUUUGGGGCCAUUUCUUCCACGAGAAAUAGGAAUUCAUUGCCAAAGUAAAGGAGUUAGACAUGUUUUAUUCUCAGUUUAUAUUGGCCAAGAAAGGGCCCCUUGGAACGAUAUGGAUAGCGGCACAUUUGGAAAGAAAGCUCCGGAAGAAUCAAGUUGCCGAUACUGACAUCGGCGUUUCUGUGGAUUCAAUUCUUUUUCCUGAAGUACCAAUUGCACUUCGCUUGUCCAGUCAUCUUCUGCUUGGUGUAGUGAGGAUAUAUUCUAGAAAGGUGAAUUACCUUUUUGAUGAUUGCAGUGAAGCUUUGCUUAAGAUUAAGCAAGCUUUCCGCUCCACUGCUGUUGAUCUGCCACCAGAAGAGUCCACUGCACCUUACCAUUCCAUAACUUUACCUGAGACUUUUGAUCUUGAUGAUUUUGAACUGCCAGAUAAUGAUAUAUUUCAAGGUAACUAUGUUGAUCAUCACGUCAGUACGCGAGAGCAGAUCACAUUACAAGAUACCUUGGAGGGUGCAGUUUACACUACUUCACAGUUUGGAUUGGACGAGCGGUUUGGUGAUGGUGAUGCUUCUCAAAUUGGUUUAGACCUUGAGGAGGAUUUGUUGCUGGAGAAGGCAUCUACUUUUGAGCAUGAUGGCAUAUUGGAGACUAAUCCUCAAGAAACUAUACAAUCUGACAGACCUCUCGAUGAAAAUGAAAGGAAAGCAGAGGAAACUGAAGCACUGGACGGAGCGCAAGUGAAAGUGAAUGGCAGCAAGAUUGAUGGCGCAUCCUCUGGUAUUGAAGCUAGUGAAUACGCUCAAGGGCCAUCUACUCCUGGACUGGAAGAGCCAAACUUGGCUCCGGUCAUUAAUGAAGUGGAUUAUCAUAAUUCAACUGAUUUUGUAUCAAUGAAAAGCACACAAGAAGUUUCAACUAUGCAAGAUGAAGCUGCAAUUGACCAUUCUGUGCAAGAUAAUGUAAAGAAUGGCAAUGUUCUAGAUUUUCACCACGAAAAGACGGACUGCCUUUUGGGUGACUGUGAAAGAGAGAAUUGCCCAUCCUUGGUGCCAGAAUACAGAGACAGGACUUUUGGUGCUUCUGCUGUGCCUGAGAAGGUUGAAGAUUUGCAUGAUGGUGUUGUGAUAAAUAAUGAACCAGUUGUAUCUUCUCUGGACCAAACUGUUAUUGAUGCAGUUUCUAGAGGGAUAAAUGUUAGUGAAACUGUUGCCUCGCCAAGUUGUUCUCACAUUACAUCCGAUCAGGAGGACCCCAGUUGUAAACUUUUGUCUCACUUGGUUGUCUCAAAAGGAUCAGAAUUAGACAGUCAUCUAAAGGAUAAACAUGUCUUAUCAAAGCAUGAAACUUUAACUGACAUUGAAAUUGCUAACAGUGAGGGGGAAUCUGCUCCCUUUGGUGAGGCUAAAGCAUCCAGUGCUGUGCAUAUUCUAGGUUCACCUGAGGGACCUGAGGUUGUUGAUGUUGAAUCUCAGGCCUCUCAAGAAUUGAAGGAAGCAGAUGCUUCGAACCAUGUUGCUCAUGGAGCUGUACAGCCUGAUGAAUUACACCUUCGGCCAUGCACAUCCCAUUUGGGCCAAACUGAUGUGUUGUCCAUUGGAGGCAAACAGUGUCAUUUGACCUAUGUUUCGCAUACUGCUUUAGGUGAUUGUCAGGAGGAAAAAGAGCAAUCUGUGUGUAAAGAAAUUCACCAAGAUCAGGAGAAGUCAGAGGAGCAACACGAGAGUCAGAUCUUUAUUGAUAAUCAAGUAACAAGCGACAGUAAAUCUGUUGCUUCUGACUUGCCAGCACCUGAAAAAAUGCUCUCCCUAUCAUAUCAACAUAGCGUUGGACCUAACGAUGUGCUGAUGGAAUCUACACCUGACAAUCGGGAUAUGGCUGGAGGCUUUAAGAGUGUUGAAGGGGUGAAAUGUGUCUCGGGUAAAAAGCGAUGUUUCACAGAAAGUACUCUGACAAUGCAGAGCGUAGAUUUGUCUGAAUCAUAUGGGGGGACUCAAUCCAAGAGAAGUGCAGAGUUCCUUCCUGAUGAUGAUGAUUUGUUGUCUUCCAUAUUAGUUGGUAGAAGAUCUUCAUUUUUGAAAGUGAAACCCACUCCAGCAGCCUCUGAAGUGGUAUCAAUAAAACGUCCCCGUUUGGUACCACGCACUAGUGCCUUAAAGAGGAAGGUGCUCACAGAUGAUACAAUGGUCUUACAUGGCGAUAUAAUACGGCAACAGCUAACAAAUACUGAAGACAUACGUCGCAUGCGGAAGAAAGCUCCUUGCACUCACCGAGAAAUAUUAAUGAUUCAGAGACAAUUUCUGGAGGAUGAAAUCUUUCAAGAACCAGCACUUAAAGGCGUGUCAGCUGGUUUGUCACUUCUGCGAAAUGAGAAACUUGAUCUUGCUAGAAUCAAGGUUUGUGAUCACACUUUAGACAGUUCUCUGUCAGAAGCAACAAAUGAUAAUGGACCCUAUUUGAGGACAAAUGUCACUGAGAUUCAUGGAGUGGAAAGAAACAUUGAACCUGUGAUGGCCCAAGAUGUCGAAGAACAACCUGCUGGGACAGCUGUUGUGCCUGAGAACAAUCAGUCUGAAUUUAAUGCAGAAUCUCUUCAUAUUAAUGUUCACGGGAAUUCAGAUGUUAUUUCCCGUGUGAAGGAGAUCCAAAUUUCUCAAACUCCCAAAAUGAAUGGCAGUAGAGAAAAUAUUGAGGUUUUUGACUCUGAAAAUUGCUCCACUGCCCCUGGGUUUGAAUCAUCAUCUCAUGCUGACUCUGUCUUUGACAACAACAACUGUAUGCCUGAUGACUUUGCUGCUCCGUUGGCUGUAAUGGAUAAAAGCAAUGACUUCGAUGGUUCUAUGCAUACUGAUACACUGGGCAUAUCAUCUUCCCAGAAUUUACAUCCACUCCCUAUUCUAGAGGAUGAACUUGUAGAGAGUAAAAUCAAUAGAAGCGGAGUAGGCACCUCUGAAAUUUCAGAAGACAGGGUUGAUAUUGGAACAGAAGUUCAAAUUGAUGGUUCUGAAACUGUGAACAAUUUAUACCCAUCCUUGGCUACUGAAUGUGAGAGAACGGAUGAAUACACUUAUAACCAGGCUUCCUUAAAUAGAGACCUGCAUGCAGAGGACAGUGGAAACAACUUGCUGGGGAGCACAAAUGAAGAUCAAAUCCUUGCCUCUGGUUCUGGGUAUGAUGACAAGGACUCAAGGUUUGGAUGCAGUUAUAAUGAAAAUACUACAGUAGGUUAUUUACAUGGUGUAGCUGAUGUUUUGGAUGCCAACGAGGCUUCUCUAUUUGAUCAAGAAAAUUCAGUUUCUCAUGAAGCUGACCAGCGGAGUACAAUGCACCCUGAAAUUUCAGCUAUUGAGAGUCCUUUGGUGGAUCAAAAUGAUGAAAACAUCAUAGUCACAGAGGAUACAGGGUUUCUGAAUGUUGAUGAUGAUAUGGUUCAAGAUGAUGAUGAUUACAUACCAUGUGAUGAAGGAGCUCAUCUAGAAAAUAGCGGAUGGUCUUCUCGGUCCAGAGCUGUUGCCAAGUAUCUGCAGGUUUUGUUUGAUAAAGAAGAUGUACAUGGAAGGAAGAACCUACCCCUUGAUAAUCUAAUAGCUGGUAAAACCAGGAAAGAAGCCUCGAGGAUGUUUUUUGAAACACUGGUUCUCAAGACCAGGGAUUAUGUUCAUGUUGAACAGACGAAACCCUUUGCAAAUAUUAACAUAAAACCUCGAUCAAAGCUGAUGAAAUCAGAUUUCUAAUCCUAGCAUUGGAUUUUGGCUGAUGUAGUUUUGAAGAUCCAGAUGGUGCCGAUUUGGUUGAUGUCUGCCAUGUUGGGUAAUUCUUCAUCUCCCCGCCCCCAUCCCUUUUUAUGAUUUUUUUGAGAUAGGAGUUAGCUGUCUAGUUCAUUGAUGGGUUCUGUAGCGGGGGACGGCGAAGCAUGAAGAGGCACCUGUAUCAUUCUGCUGACUGUAGCAACAACAUAGUCGGAUCAAUAUUUAUGUAUAUAUUUUUGUAAAAUAUUGUCAUUUGUAGUUGCUAAUUUGUUUGUUAUUCAACCGGUUCCGUACAAGCAAGGUUGGUAUAGUUCUAUCACUGUGCGAAGGUGGUUGUGAAGUAAUCGUCGUUCUAGGAUUCAUUAUGACGAUAUUCCAAAUUACAGCAAUUAUCAAUUCAUGUGCCUGCGGAUUGUAUAGCA